AUGCACACGAAAAAGAUGGAGACUCGAGGGACCCACUCAAGGCCACUCCCCAAACAGUUCUCGGCUGGGCUGGUGAAGCAGCUCUCAGCCCUACGCAACUGGGUGGUACGAUGUGCGGACCCAGCCUUGCGUGGGAGGGCGUUUCAGCAGCGGGCAGCUCUUGGGCCUCCUUUCUGCUCCUCCAGCUUCCGGUUCGUGGCUCUCCCCGCUGUUCGCGGGGAGGUGGUAGGUGUGUUGCAAAGUCUAGGGCCCUGUGGUGCUGAAAAGCGACUCCCCAAGCCCGAAACAGGAGUUUGUAGGACUGGGAUAGAAGCUGGAAGGACUGGACUUCAGUUGCUGGCCACUCCCUUCUUCUCGGAGCAGUGUGACUUCACCGAGGAUCGGACAGCAGAAUUCCAGGAGGCCUUCCAGCUGUUUGACAGAACAGGUGACGGCAAGAUCCUGCACAGCCAGCGUGGGGACGUGACGAGGGCCCUGGGCCAGAACCCCACCAACACCGAGGUGCUCAAGGUCCUGGGGAUCCCCAAGAGUGAUGAGAUGGAUGUGAAGGUCCUGGACUUGGAGCACUUUCUGCCCAUGCUGCAGACCAUGGCCAAGAACAAGGACCAGGGAACCUAUGAGAAUUAUGUCGAAGGCCUCUGGGUGUUUGGCAAGGAAGGGGAUGGUACCGUCGUGGGUGCUAACGUCGGUCGUGUCCUAGUCACUGGGGAGAAGACGACGGGAGAAGUGGAGGCGCAGGGGGCAGGGCAUGAGGACAGCAGCGGUUACAUCAGCUAUGAAGAGCUCGUCCCGAUGGUGCUGACUGUCUGGGGAUAUUCCCAGUCUUCCGAGCCUGUGCCUCGCCCUAUGUGAGAUUUCCAUAUGGCCCCAGAAGCUCCCCACAAGCACCAGCAGAGGACCAGAGCCCAUGCCGUCCAAUUUCAAGGCUAGCCAUUCUCUCCCUUUUCCUCUCCUAA